CCUGUCCCACAACCCCUGAAGGCUGGCGUGAGAUCCAGACCAGUUCAUGGAGAAGUGGAACUUCCCACAUACAUGUGGUGCCCUUGAUGGCAAGCACGUUGCCUGCAAGGCUCCUCCAAAGAGUGGUUCCGUGUAUUAUAAUUACAAGGGGUUCUACUCCAUCGUGCUCAUGGCACUGGUAGAUGCGGACUACAAAUUCCUCUGGGCAGAUGUGGCCUCGUCUGACGCCCAGAUCUACAACGAGUAUGAACUCAGAGAAAUGGCUGAAGAUGGAACCAUUGGCUUCCUUGCUUCAGAUCCUCUUCCUAAUGACUACAAAGAUGUGCCAUACUUCUUCGUCGUUGAUGACGCGUUUGGCCUACGGAAGCACACGAUGAAGCGAUACACCUUGCGUGGUCUUACAGAUGAAGAGAGGAUCUUCAAUUACAGACUGUCCCGAGCCAGGAGGGUUGUUGAAAAUGCCUUUGGCAUUCUGGCAAACCGCUUCCAGAUUUUGCUUACCACAAUGCAGCACCACCCAUCCACCGUCAAGAUCAUCGUGAAGGCAUGCAUUGUUCUCCACAACUUGAUGAGGACGAGGUAUCCAACAGAAAUGUCUCCCAAGGAGAUGACAGAAAAGUGGUAUUCGGUAGCACAUCGGCUCUUACAUCGGUAGGACAACGAUAGAACAACGUUAUCACAACGGGAACGCCGGUACUACAUCGGUAUUGCUACGGCCAACUGUGAUUUUUCAAGUGCUUUCUCGACGGA